UGAACUACCCUUAUUACAGUAUUCCCAUUAAAAACUUCUCGUUCGUAAUUCGCGACAAUAGAUCAUAUUUCAAAUUAUUCGAGACAAUAGUAAUAAAUAAUCUUCGUAGUGCAAUGAAUACAAAUUGUCCACGAAAUCUGUUUUUGCUCAAAUUAAAUACAAUCUUCAGCCAUUUUAUAUAAUCAUAUACUCAUGGCUAUAAUAAAGAUUAUAACAACUAAUUUUCAAAAUAGAUGCAUUUAAUUCAGUCGUAACAAUCGGUUUCUUUUUACCAUAAUAAUAGAAUUUACAUAUUGGAUAAAAGACGCAAUACAGAAGAAGUCGUAAUAGAAGAAAUAUUCGUACUUUCAGAAUUUGUCGCUUUCUAUUUCCGGAUUUCUUCUUUCGACGGUUUUUGUCCUUCCUCAUUAUUAUCUUCGGAUUCUUUCUUGUUUUUCCAGCGUACAUCCAAGUUUUGUGACUAAUAUGUCACUUGCGUAAUACCGUACCAUCAUUUGUCAUCUCACGCGGCCAUAAAAGCAUCGAAUGUUUCUCAAGAAAACACGUGGCUUUAGCGGCUCGAUGGAAGGUUAUAAAAUCGAUUUCUUAACAUUCACCAUGAUUUAUUGAGUAGUUACAAAAGUGUCGAUACAAGUAACCUUCGUCUUAAUUACGGUAUAGAACUAAACUAAGAUUUUUAUAACUUACGUGAACUUGUUAGACAAAUACCUAUUAAAGAGCAUAAAUAGGUACAUACCUAUUAUACAGCAUAAUAAACAGGCAAGCUCCUACUAUAAACCAUAAUAUGUAGGUAGAAACAACUGUAACGAUAAUUACACCUGAAUAUAAUCACCAUACAAUUGCCACUAGCUCGUUAAAAUAACAUUGAAAAGUACUAUAAUCUCCAGUGUGAUUACUGCAAUUCUCUACGUAGAAGCAUAAAGUUUCCGAAAACGUUUUUUAUUUCAAACAUUGCCCUCACCUCAGUAUAACAUAUAAUCCAUACAGAAGUUAUUCCGCGAAAACCCCCAAUUAUAAAUAUUCGAUAAAGUAAACAAAGAACAACGGUAUGAAAAGUUAAACGUCAAAAUCCUGAAUGCACGACACGUUCCACGAAGUGUUAAGUUUAAUCUGUCCCCCCUCCGAGUACGUUACACCCGAAGAAAACGCGGGAAAAGAUUCAAGUUUCACGAUAGGUUUCGUGGGAGUUGCGACGGAGGGAGUUACGAACGGGGUGUGGGGGCGUGACAGUAGGCGUGGCCUGCGGAGCGUCCACGUCCCAGUUGGGCGUCCCCCUGCGAACCGGUCCGGCAGUAGUGGGGGUGACUUCAUCGAACCCCGUCAGCCGCAGUCACAAUUCAACCGUUCGAUGGUGAGCAUGCUAUAAUGUGCCGUGUUACGGGUGUAUCUCUUUUUACCGGAAGUAAAAAUUAUUUGCUCGUCGAUUGAAUUUCAACGGUACACGCGAUAUCUUUAAACGAGCCGUUUCUCGUUUAAUUCGCGCAGAAACAUUGUUCAGUGAUAACUCCAGUGCAAACGCUACAACGCGAACUUUCCCAUAAAAAGAGUGGAUUAAACGUUUCGAAAAGUGAUUCUGUGCUUUGCACGUAAAAAGUGAACCGUGCGAUACGUGUUCGGAAAAUUUUCCAGUUAUCUGGCCGGUUACGAACGUUCUCGUUUGUUGCAUCGCAGCUUUAAGCCGGCCGGCACCCGCAUUAAAGGGAAUAUAUCGGAAGCGUCCGAGUCACGUACUCCAUUUUUGACUCUGUUCCGGCCGUCAUUUCUCUCGAAUUUCAUCCCUUGAUCGAUUUUCUAUACAUCGCCUGUGUACGGGAUCGCCGAUUAUUCCCGUAUUCGAGAAAAGUCUUCAACAUCGAGAUGAACGCUCGUUCGCUACUAUACAAAUACUCCAGGAGACUGUAGAAAUUGUAUUUCGUCGAAUCUUUGGAGACACUGGUCGAAAAUGUAGCUUGAUUCUAGCACCUUCCUUCGAGAGAAGGCAAUCAUGAUAAACGGAAUCUAUCGUUGAUUACGUUCUGUACUCGAUUUCUCCGAACGAAUCGAGACUCUUGAACAUUUUUUUCUUAUUGUUUCGUUGGUGACGGUUCAGUGCCCGAGGGAAGCCAUGAGUGGAGUGAAUACUCAACGUUCCACGCACUCUGUUCACCAAUUUUAACGUGUUAUCGCCUGGGUGUGUGCUUCGAAGUGAAAUUCGACGUUACACAGUGGAUAAGUGAUCAGGGUGGUGUGCAGUAACUCUGUCCGACGGAUAGGAAUAUGAUUGUGUGAACGGAUAUUCUCGCUUGGGGAUUUCUCUCCAGGAUGAUCGAAACUUAUCUUCACUUUGGGUUCGCAUAGUCGUCACAGUGGAGUUCUGCUUAAUCGCAGCCUCGGGAGGGGGAGGUUCGAUGUUGGUCCCUCCCGUUGCCCAAAGUGGGACUGCGGAUCGUCCCGUGGGCGAUACGGGUGCCCGGGCUCAACAAACGUCCGGCCCUGCCGCGGCAGCAACCCUAUGGCCCUUGGCGCCUGCGCAGUCCAAUCAGCUUCCGAGUCAACAGUCUCAGGGCAUUCCACCCUUGGCUGCCACCCCCGCACCGGCUCACAAUCAAGGUGUGAAUCGUUACGGGCUAUACUCGUUAUUCCCUGGGGGUGGCGGGGGUAGUUACGUCGCGGCCACUCCCGCCACCCCUGGACCACCCACACCUGCAAGAGCUUAUCACGCGACAACACAUAAGGUUUCAGAGAGCGUGUUCUCCGCUGCUGUCGGGGUUGGCGUGGGUGGUUACACCUGGGGUGCUCCCACACCACCCCCAGGAUCACCCUAUAGUCCUGUUCCGGUGACGCAGCUCGAGCUGUUGGCUAAGAAUUUAGCCAAUUUGGCUCCUCCUGGUCAACAGGCGCUCAGUCUUCAGGGUGUUGGCGUGAAUGUUGGUAGUCUACAUCACGCACAGCACACUCAACACACACAGCACACGCAACACACACUCAAUUUGACCGGUCUUCAUCAUCUUCAUCAUGGAGGACUUCAUCAGAACACUUUCUCACCGCAACUGUCGCUAGUGACCGGAAACGCACCCACGUUGACGAUCAACAGUUUCUCGUCUCCAAAUUCAACUGGAAACGUGGUGCCAACGACAGGAGUACUUCUGCAGGAAUAUCAGUCACCGACAGGUUCGUCUACAGGAUGUUCGGUCAGUGUGAACGGGACCUCGUGCCCGACGAGCUCCACCACGAGCACGAUGGUGAUGCAGGGUGGGCAAACUGGCAACCAGGUUGUCCAAUCCAGUGGAAAGAAGCGAGAGGCCUUCCUGCCAACUCAAGGCCAGCCGGUGAAAUUGGAGAACAAAUCGAGUAGACAGCCCUGUGUUUGCAGAAACAGCAACGGGAAGACGAAAGCUGUACAUUCCGACGCAGGCUGCAGCAGAACACUGCCAGUGGCUUCGUCCUGGAACGGUCAGGAUGCAAAUUGUAACGGGAACAACAAUGGCGGUAACAAUCUAGUGAAAAGGGAACCGUUGCCCUCGGUUCCCUGCCAGGUAGCCGAAGUCUCGACGUCCCUUCAUGCGACCACCACCUCUGUCAAAAUAGAACCAGUCUCCUCGAAAUCGGAAAAUGGGAUCGUGGUGUCGAAUGCUGGGGCUGGUGGCGUACCAGUUGGAAUUGCGGUGGCCAGACAGAGAUUACAGCAUCAAGAAACUUCAACUUCCAUGCGCAAUGUUUCUCUGAGCCAUCACACCUCGCAUCACGCGAGCUACCAUCACUUCCAACCCGACAAUCUGGCAAUGCCGAUGGAACCAGUUGGUUUUCCUCAAAUGGGUGUCGGACUUCAAGGUGGUCUGCAAUUGGUUAGAGAUCCAACAACGGGUCAUCUUCUUCUCAUCCAUGCAGCAGAACAAAUGCAGCAGGCUGUAGUGUGGCCAAAUUAUUCGAAUCAUAACAAUGGAAAUGUUGCUCCGCCACCCCUUUUGCUUCCACCACCCCCGCCAUCUCUUCAAUUGUUGAGCGACAUUGGUGGUGCAAGGUUGGUUCUCACCGAAAGUAAAAGAAAACAACAGAGCACUCUACCUAUCGUGAAGAUAGAGGCAGACUGUGGUAACAGUCCUACCACGAUAAUCACGUCUACGGAGUCAACGAAGGCGUUGCAGACUGUGACUUCGAUGACCGGCACCCUAGUUCCAGAUGCGCCCCUAGUGACAACGCUGCACUAUUAUCCCCACACGCCCGCACUGGUCCAAAUCAGCCAGGCUGAACCGACGCACUGCAGAUCACAGCAGCGAAAUUCGUUUCUGUUGAAGGCUACAUCCCCCGUGUCGUGUCUGACACCACCGCCGGAAAUGCCGACGAUCCACGCGAUCGAGCCACCGGAAGUGGCGCCAAUGGUGGGCGUGCAAGACGCCUCGAACCAAACGGACGCACCCGAGUCGGAGGACCAAGAUGCUGGACCGGAACCAUGCGUGAAACACGAGCAAAAUCUGAACACCUGUCAGCUGCAGGGCUCCAAUAACCUGACAACGACCACCACGAACCUGACGAAUCUGACGAACUUCGAGAUCGUCGCUGCCUCCCCGGAGAAGGUGUGUAACGUGGUGCGAAUAACCACAACCACGACCACAGUGAACCCGGCGGUCUGCAGCAUCGUGGGCAAGGUCGACAAGGCUGAGAACACGGUCAUCAACAUGGCCGAUUGUCCAAAAUAUUCGAUCACGAAGGAGUGCAGGAGCGUCACGUCCAUCGAUAGAACCAUAGAGCACGUGGUCGCCAGGCAGAUGGACAGAGAAUACGAGGAGAAGAUUCGCGUUGACGAGGAGGACGACGAAUCGAUCGUCGAGGACAGGCUGUCGCGUAGAGAUUUGAAGAGCGGACCAAGGAUCAUCGAAAUUACAGAGGAAAAUUGCGACAGUUUUCAUGAGAAUUUGGAGUUCUUCGGACGGAGGAGGGACCACUCCAGGGAUAGGUCCAUGGAUCGACAAAAGGAGAGGAAGAGGUACUACGCCGCGGAGUUUACUGACAGGGAGCAAAAUGGCGAGAUUGAGCCUAAGGAGAAUUGCGAGGCCGAGGAAGCCGCGAAAAUGGCGGAAAAUAGGCAAGUGGCAAUUGCACCGGAAGACCUUGAGAAGGACACUAAAUCACAAGCGAAAGGGUCCACCCAAUCCAAAAUGGAGAUCAACUGCAACAUUGAUCCAGUUCCGAUGCCCGAACCGCUUACGCGUCCGCAGAUCACCGUGAAAUCGUUUGAUAUGCCCAAUAUCGACUGCGAGGAGCAGCUGGAGCAAGUGGUGAUUAAGCAGGAAGCUGAAGAGCCGGCGUUCGAGGAUUGUCCGUACAGAUGCGAGACGAUGUCGAUGGCCGAGAGACCCAGGUGUCUGGAUACGUCGAAGAAGCACACGGCGGAGAAGUCUCACCCAGGGAUUGAGAACGUGGUGGAGAAGUUGAAGAAGAACGCGGUGGCCGCUUUGCAGGAGUCGGCUCCUCCCAAGGAGGACGACACCAAGCCACGAAGACCGGAAAUAACGCCCAGGAAGCUGGAGAACGGUCUCAAGAAGCACCUGCUGAGGUUCUGCGAGAACGCUCAGCUGGCCGAGAAGCAAGAAGCGCCUAGAGAGCCCGAGGUGCCCCAGAAGCCCCAACCGACUGCCGAAUCCUCGUUCGACUCGUUGCUGAACUAUCCCAGGGACUGCUACCUGAAGGACAACAACAACGACGCCAGGAACAGCAACAACAACAUCACGACUGUUGACGAGAACCAGCCCGUCGUGAAGGAAGAGAAGACAUCCCCGGACAUUUUCGACGUGUCCCAGAUGAACUGCACGGACAGCCUCACGCCGAAGAAGCACCGCAAAGUGGAGGCUGCCGAAGAGACCGCCGAAAAUCAGGUGGUCAAACCAAGAGUCGCUGGCUCCAAACAGAAGCCUGCGGUCGACAUCAGCGGACUGGAGCUGCUGUCGAACAGCAUCGAGCAACUGGAGCAGCUGAAACCGGAGGGUCAGAGCACGACUUCUGAACUGGAAAAGUCACCCGUCAAGGGUAAACUGAUGUCUCCCCAGACAGAACGCAAUAAUAACAACGUGGACAGCCCAUUGGGUCUACUAUGCGCUCUCGCGGAGCAGAGGUUCAUGGAGGAGGUGGGCGACAAGGUGCCCCGGAAGCUGAACCUGGACAGCUCCGAAGAAAUAUCGCAUGCUGGAAGGCUGCUGCUGAACCUGGGCAGAGCUGCUGCUCCGGAGAGGCAAGAGAAGAGGAAAUACGCUGAGGAGGACUAUGCAGGCUCGAAGAAGUUCAAGUCGAACGAGUUUGAUGAGGAGGAGCCUUACCAGCAAGCUGGUGCUAAGGAUACCGUGUUCAGGAUGAAGGAUAAGGUCAGGAGGAGUAUGGAGUUCUGCGAACGAUACGGGGUCGAAGGUGACCAGAUGCUGUUGUUGAACAACGACGCUGUUGCCAGCAAUCCUUACAAGGACCCAGAAGGUUUCGAGCAGUACCAGGCGAGCAAUGGUGUGUACAGCGAGAAGGACUUCGUCGAUGACAACGUCUCUGACUCUGAUACGGAAAUGUACUGCGAGAAGAUGUCCGAAAUGAUCGAAGAAGGUCCCGACGGCAUGGAGAGACGACUGUCUACCGGUGAUCAUCGCGACUGUCACGAUUAUAGCAACCUGCAGGCUAAGCUGGACGCGAAGAAGUUCAUCGCUAGGAAAGGACAUAUGGACGAUGACGCAGAUUGGCCGAACAUGGACGCCAUGGAGCUGGAUAUGAGGGUCAGAUUGGCUGACAUUCAGAGACAGUACAGGGAGAAACAGAGGGAGCUGUCCAAACUGACGCCGAAAAAGGAUGAGAAGAAGAGCCCUGGCAGGCCGAGGAAGAAAAGCCAUUCUUCGAGUUCUGAACAUGGACCUCUUGCAUCGCCACCUAUGCUGGAGGUAAUAUCUUCUCCACACAAAUCACCAGAACAUUCACCAGAGGGAACUCCACCGCCGUUGACCUCGGCUGUAUUGGCUAUGCCAAGGUGUAACGUAAACUUGGUGAAACUGGGUGAACCGAGAAGUCAUAUUAAACUAUUGGACAGUAUACCGAGCAUUCCAAUCCCGGUUCCACCAGUGGCUUCACCCAUUACCGUGCUACCAGCGAGCAAGACGUCGCAGGACGACGAUGAAAAGAGUUCGGGAGGGAUGGGAUACGAUACCUCGUCACCAGCACCAACGGUGGCAAGUUCGAGUUCCGCUUCGAAAAAGCGGAAGGUCGGUCGACCCAGGAAGUUGAUGUGCACCUCCGGAAGUGUCAGACACCUGACGGAAACGAUAGUCGCGAAGAAACCCAAAAGCAAGAGUUCUCUUGUUGGCUACUUGUUGUCGUCGAAAAAUAGACAUCUUCAAACGAAAUACGUGGGCAAAACUGGCUAUACUCCUCUGCCAUUUAAGUCCGGGCUAUCUUCCAUGAGAUCUUCAUCAAAGAGUCACAAAUCAGCAAAAUCGAAGCCCAAGCCUGCGAAACAGACGCCAUUGCACAAUAAAAACGUGAUUAGCUCGAUUAUAGCCGAGAAAGCAAAAUUGAGCCAAGAGGUGAAGCUGGAAAAACAUAGCAAGAUGAAGCCUAAGCUGAAAGCUGAGGCCAAGGUGAAAACGUGGGAAGACGAUGAAUCGAGCAGCGUUGCUGAAACUCCGAUACCAGAAUUUACCGUUCAGGAACCGGUCCCGGAGAUUCCCGUGGACACACCAGAGAGCGUGGACACGGAACCGGAGAAGAUCAGGCACGAAAAAUCGAAGAAGAAGAAACGAAAGUCGAGUUCGUCGUCGCCGUCGAGGCACAAGUCGAGCGAUCGGGAGAAGAAGGAAUCGAAGCGUAGGAAAUCGCUCGAGUGCCAAGAGUGCGCGAAAGCUGCGAGAGCGGAGAAGACGGAAAUCGUGAACAGAUGCAAAUUAACGUCGGCACACUUGGCCAUAGACCAGCUGAGGGUGUUGACUGCAAUGGGCGGUCUAUUUUACGCCGGAAGACUCAGUGCCGUCCAAGCACCUGACGUUUAUGCCAUCACACUGGACGGAGAACGUGGCAACAGACCCCAUAUCCAUUCCAGAGAGGAGAUUCUACGAGAUGCGAUUGUAGAAAUUUGUCCCACUUCGACGAAGGAAUUACCACCUGGUACAAGAUUAUGCGCGUACUGGAGCCAACAGUAUAGAUGUUUAUAUCCAGGUACGUCUGUUGAGCCGACGGAACCUGAUCCAGAACUCGACGAGAAAUUUGUCAGUGUCGAAUUCGAUGAUGGAGACAGCGGAAGAAUCGCUUUGGAUGAUAUCAGGUUGCUGCAACCUGAUUACCCUGUUGUUGAAUACGAUACAAAUCCGUUGAUGUCGUUGGGCAAACGCCGACGUCAAACGUCGGUUUCGACGGAAGACAAACGUUCGUCGACGAACACUCAACCCAUCGUUACAUCGAACACGAACAACACGGUGACCACCGUUACAUCCACGACGAAUUGUUACGUUACAUCGUCUGAUACACCGUCGGUAGAAAGACACAAGUCCGAUGAUAUGGAUAGCAAAGAGUUGGAGGAAUAUCGCGAGAGGAAACGUAUGAAGAAAAGGAGGAGAGACAAGUUGAAGAGAUUACAGGAGGCUCAGGAAGGAAAGAAGAAGCACAGGAGACAUAAGUGUUGUGAGGAGCACAGGAAACACAAGCACAGGAAACACAGGAAACAUAAACACAAGCACAGCCAUCAUAGCAGUCAUAGUGAUGGAAGUCACAUCAGCAGUGGGGAGAGCUGUUGUGGACAGAAAAGCGAAGAGGAACCAGCGAAGGAGCCGGUGACGAAAAUAGAAGAAGAAGUUGAAGAGGAGCCAAUGCAAGAGGAGGAAGUAAUCCCGGAACCGGUGAAAGAACCAGUUCGCGAAGAGAAACCCGAAAAGCCGAAGAAGUCCGACAAAAAAUCAAAAAUGCGCGAACGACAAGAAUCAGUGGAAAGUCGAAGCAAAAUGGCCGCGUUCCUUCCAGCUAGACAAUUAUGGGGCUGGGCUGGAAAAGGUUACAGACGACCUGGUGCUAAAGGCAGAGCGAAGAAGCAGUUCUUCAGGGCGAUUCAACGAGGUAGCGAAACGAUUCAAAUCGGUGACAGUGCGGUCUUUUUAUCGACUGGCAGACCGGAUCGGCCAUAUAUUGGACGCAUCGAAUCUAUGUGGGAAACUUCUAGUUCUAACAUGAUCGUUAAAGUCAAAUGGUUCUACCAUCCUGAAGAGACUGUUGGGUGCCCGACAAACUUGAAGUAUCCGGGCGCCCUGUUCGAAUCCCCUCACAUGGACGAGAACGACGUACAGACAAUUUCCCACAAAUGUGAAGUGCUUCCUCUUCAAGAAUACACCGAUAAGCUGGGCAAGGAGCCUCACCGUUAUUUGACCAUCUACGAUAACAACGACAUCUACUAUUUGGCUGGCUACUACGAUCCAACCACGUACCUGUUGACUAUGCAACCAGGAGUUGUUUGAGAACAGCUAAAGCUGACGAUUAAGUUAACGGGUGUUACUUAAUUGUCGUCAGCAAAGAUUACUGCGAAAUAAAUGAAACGCCGUGGUCGUCGCUACGCCACGCGCGAUAAAUCCAGCAUUCUGGAUUUAUCAAAGACAUUCGUGAUCGUAAUUUGGUACGAUCCAGAAGACGUUCAGGGUCAACGAGACA